AUGCCACGGAAAAUCCACGAUCUCAGCAACGCUAUUGUUCAGAAACACAGUAAACCGCAAUGGAUACCUUGCCAUAUUACUAUUGACAGGGCGAUCUUUUCCAAGAAUCAGAGCUCAAGGAAGAAUUACGUGGAGUAUAAAUAUCAGACGGUCCUCACCGCCCCCGACGACUAUCUUCAGCCUCUCAAACAGCAUUUCACGCUGCUUCGAAACGAAGAGGUUGUCGUUUCCGCCGAACAGAGUAGUGUUGGCUCCAAUACUGGCUCUACAGAAAGCUGGGAUGCCUUCAAAGCCUGGCUGUGGACUUGCAUUACGGAACAUAGGCAGUGUGCGCCGAGCUAUAUACAGCGGCGACUGCCGAGAAGACUCCUUGAGGUCGGGCAUGCAAAUACAAUUCGGCUUCGUGAUGUUGAGAAUAUCGAAAACCAUGCCGUGGUGGACUAUAUAGCUCUGAGUCACUGCUGGGGCCUCAGACAGCCGCUCACGCUCCGCUCUGAUACCGAAGCUAUGCUUUAUCAUGGCGUUGAGGUACUGGCGCUGCCUAAAACAUUUCGAGACGCAAUCCAGAUGACAAGAAGAUUCUGGCAUGAAUUUGAAGUGCGUUAUUUGUGGAUUGAUUCACUAUGUAUCAUGCAAGACUCCACUGCGGACUGGAGGCAUGAGUCUGCAUUUAUGGGUGAAAUCUAUCACAACGCUUUUUGUACGCUUGCGGCAACAGCAGCGAAGAACGGUGAUCAUGGCCUGUUUUUCGACAGAGAUCCUCGCCGUAUAUUGCCAUGCGCAAUACCAGUAGUACACAAACAAGGAGAGAGAAGACAUUCUUUUUGCGUUGAUCAUAACGAUUGGUCGAAUAAUAUCUCUAAGGCGCCUUUGAAUGAUCGAUCUUGGGUGCUACAAGAACGUCUGCUGUCACCUCGAGUCCUGCAUUUCGCCGCCGACCAGCUUUACUGGGAGUGCUCUGGCCUGGAAGCAUCCGAGGCCUUUCCGCGGGGGUUUCCAGCCGGUUUUGGAGAGCAGUUUAAACAAUUGUUGCCUUAUUCAGGCGUGCCUAGGAUUCAAGGGCAAGCAGCAGCACUUAGAGGUACUUACAAGAUUUGGGAUCAAGUCAUAAAAAUGUACUCAUCCGGAAAGCUUAGCAGGUCGACCGAUCGUCUGAUUGCUCUUUCUGGAAUUGCACAUAAGCUACAGAGGACCAUCAUAGCAAAUGAUACAUAUCUUGCAGGACUUUGGAAAGAAGAUCUUGCGUUUGGUCUUCUCUGGGAUGUUGAAGUGCCUCAUGAGCCCGAGCCCCACUCAGAGUUUGUCGCACCUACGUGGUCAUGGGCUGCUCGAAGUGGGACGUUACCCUGCGAAGAAGAGCCUUGGGCAUCCGCUGUGAGAGUCGUCACCAUUGUUAGCGCGACAGUGUUGCCAGCCGACAGUGACUGGAUGGGUCAAGUACGUGGUGGUUAUAUUCGUAUGUCCGGUGUGCUAGCCCGCGGAGGUCUGUUUCGGGUGUAUGUGGCUGGCUCGCCUAGUCCCCAUAUUGCCUUGAAGAUAAAUAACACAUCACAUCCUGCAGUUUGUCGAUUAGAUGAGAAAUUGACACCUACCGCCCAAAUGCCUCACGUCAUCUACUGUCUACCGAUCUUACGCGGGUUACGAAACCACAUGCACAUAUACAAAGGCCUCCUCCUUGCUCCAACAGGGCUAGAAAGACAAUUUAGACGACAUGGUACCUUCACGGCUGAUGCACUUGGAGACCACUUUCGAAGUUGUUGUGCACCAUCAAUGAAUGAGACGGGCAAGUUGGGCCCUGAUGGACGCUUCGAGUUUACGAUUGUGUAA